GACGAUAUUUAAAGAAUGGAUUUGACAUUUAAUAUUUGAUAGAGCUAAAUGUCAAACAUUAAAAGUGAAAACAUUGUUUUUUAUACGAGUGUCCCCCUGCAGAGCAAGAGGUCGUGGGUUCGAACCCCUACAGGUGCACAUAGAAAAUUGAGCAGUCUGUUAUAUUUGGUGCCCAACAAGGGACGUGUGUUGCAUGAUAAGCCUCAAGAUUUUAUGGCUUAUCUGCUAAUCUGUGUGAAGAAAGAGAACACUAUUCUUCACCAUGGGAUUUACAGCCGUGACUUAGCUCCUGUAAAGUUUGAUAAUUCAUCAGUUGGAAUUGCCUUGCGUCAUGAUCCUUGUUUUGACUGGGCUCAGUACUUUGUCAUGUGUUAUAAAAUUAUAAGUGUUCCAAAUGAACAUUACAGGCCGAAAUUUUGGAUUGGGUCCAUUCCUUCUGCAGCAGAAAAUAAUAAGGAGGCUUAUCAGUGUGUGUGCACUGCCGGUUAUGAGAGCUCAUUUGUGAAAUGUGAUUAUUGCACCAGACAAAGUAGAACAAUUGAAGUUCCAACCCUGUCUUUCAUUUCCAUUGAUGCUCAAUAUGUGCUGAAUGUUGACCUUCCAGCAGAUAUAGCUUAUCAUAGCUUUCAGGCAUUUUCUUCUUCCUAUGUGUUUAGGAAAAGUUUUGUAAACUUUAUUCAACAGUAUUACCAACGUUCGUGGAUUGAUUGUCGGGACUGUGUGUGCUCAUGUGAGGAAGUGAGGACGACGUGUGAACUUACUCUUAAUAUCCCUCAUCUCAUACAAGUUUUGGUUCAACCUUCUGAAGAAAGACUCUGCCAUGCAUGGUGUAAGAGGUUGCAGUGUUUGGGAAAUAAGCGACUCAUCCUUGAAGAGACAAUGGCCUGGCUGUCCACGCUCGGUGGUGGAUUCUCCGCUCUUGGAGACUAUUUUAUGAGCUUCUCAGAGUUAGCUGGCCGCUUGUCUCAGACCCAACUGCAGAUUGCCACGGAGAUGGGAGAUCCUGUGCUAGCCUCCAAGUGUCGUCUCUUCUAUGCCCUUAGUCUGAUGCAGCUUGGGCCUCUGAGGCAGAGUAAACACAUAAUCAGACAGGAGUACAUACUUGCCACACAGUCUAAGUACAGGGACCAGAAGCUGGUGGAUAUGUGUAAGGGAAUGUGGGCCAAGCUACAAUACUUCUACUCUCUCAGGAAAACCAGGGCCAAGCUGCCAUCCUCAUGUAGUCAUAAUGGGGUCAGUCCGACCCAUAGGCCUUUACCAUAAUGACAUUCUAGUGGGAGACACAAGAAUAACAAUCUCAUGUUCUCCAUUGACACAUUGUUUAAAAAAGAAUGACACCAACUAUGCAAGUCAGAGAUAUUUUAUAUUUGUAAGAAAAAUGUUUUUAUUAGUUGUUUAUGGUUGCAAGCAGUUAAGUAAUCAAUGAUAUGAAAAAGGUUCUUGUAAAUUGUACCUCUAAACAGCAAUAAUAACAUACAGAAUAAAGAAAAUUCUUUAGUAAACAGGGCAAGUUACACCAGGGCAAGUUACAUUGCGGGCAAGUUACACCAUUUCGGAAGUGACUACUUGUGUUACCUGUGUUUUUCUGUUUUUCAUACAGGGAAUCAAAGUAUGGUUAUAUCAUAACAGUCUAUUGGCUACUUUCUGUCUUUAUAGGUUUUGACGCUGAAUGGUUUUGAUUUAAAAUAUGUGCUAAACAUGCUGGAUUUUGUUUACAUUUACACCAUAUUGUUUGUACUCUUACAUCAGAUGUGGUUACUUUAUGGAAUACGUAUUGCGUAACUGGUUAUGUUCAACCAGUUUUUUAUUUUUCUGAUAAGAAACAUGUCAUUUUUUUUAACGUUGUUUAAUGUUUAUAACACAAGUGGAACGUUCCAUAUAUGGGGUUGGGGGUUAUGAAACACUAUAUAUCAGUGUUAUUUGUGUGCAAAUUGGUCAAUUAACUAUAGAAAACAAAGAAAAAUUAUUUAGCAGUCUUUAACUUUUAGUACAGUGAUAAUAAAACCAGUAUUCAAUAAUAAACUUCUAUAAGUGCAUUUUUGUGUCGCCUGAAAAGACGACAUAUAGGGGUUACUUUUGUCGGCGGCGGCGGCGGCGGCGGCGGCGUCCGCGUCCCAUUUUCGCUUGUCCGGGGUAUAUCUCCUAAACUAUUAGUGGUAUCAACUUGAAACUUCAUAUGUACAUAGAUCUAAUUGAGGGCAAGUGCAGUGCACAAGAACUGUUGCUCUUGCUUCCAUAUUUUUUAGAGUUAUUGCCCUUUGUUAUUUUUCAUGCUUAAAGUUUUGUCCGGGGCAUAUCUUGUACAAUAUAAGAGUUAUCAACUUGAAACUUCAUAUGUAGAUAGAUCUCAUGGAGGGCAAGUGCAGUGCACAAUAACAGUAACUCUUGCUUUCUUAGUUUUAAAAUUAUUGCCCUUUGUUAAUUUUCAUGCUUAAAGUUUUGUCCGGGGCAUAUCUUGAAGAAUAUAAGAGGUAUCAACUUGAAACUUCAUAGCUAGAUAGAUCUCAUUGAGCGCAAGUGCAGUGCACAAUAACAGUAACUCUUGCUUUCUUAGUUUUAAAGUUAUUGCCCUUUGUUAAUUUUCAUGCUUAAAGUUUUGUCCGGGGCAUAUCUUGAAGAAUAUAAGAGGUAUCAACUUGAAACUUCAUAGCUAGAUAGAUCUCAUUGAGGGCAAGUGCAGUGCACAAGAACCGUUGCUCUUGCUGCCAUAUUUUUAGAGUUAUUGCCCUUUGUUAAUUUUCUUGCUUAAAGUUUUGUCCGUGCCAUAUCUCGUAAACUAUAGGAGGUUUCAACCUGAAACUUAUUCCAUAGGUAUAUCUGAUUGAGGGUUCAAAUGCCACCUACACUUGAAAGUUAAAUGGCAACAUCAUUGUCUAUAAAUGAAUAAAAUGCCAAUCUAACAGCUAUAAUGUCGACAGUAAAUAAUUCGUCAGGCGACACAUCCGACUCGUGGAGUUCUAGUUAACCUAAUGAUUAUUCUUUGCGGCCUGCAACACUUUUCAUAAGUAAAGAUUUUUAUUUAUUUGUAUAUUUUGUUUUAUAUGUGUCAAUAAGAGCUUCAGAAUCAUCAGAAUAUAUGACCAGCCUUUAUAAAAUGUAUAGAUAAUCAUAAGCACUGAUGUUGCCAUUUUAUCCACUUUAAAUAGAAUUGAUUGUGAAGAUGUUUUUUAUCCACUAUAACGGUGAUACCCUUACAAUGGGUAUAAAAGGGCAAUUAUAUAAAGGGUCAGUUAUAUAAAGAGUAUUUCUGCUGCAUACAUCUGUGUAAUGCUCAAGACUAUCAGGACAUUUUAUGUUUUGUUUAUGCUAGAUAUUUUUAGCUUGUUUGUCUUUUGCUGAAAAGGGUUGGGGUAUUUGGAUAGCCUGGGCUUCGUUGUCAUCGAUGGCGUGAACUUUAACCUUGGCCAUCAAUCAAAAAGUGUUCAACAUAUUCAAAAGAAGCAUGGUUUACAUGUUGCCAGAGAGAAUGCACACACAUUCAGCGAGGCCCAUAACCCUGGCUUUAAUAAUUGAUAUGUUAUUUUCAACUGUAAGCCCUCCAUACUACUCUAGGUUUUUUUUUUAAUUUAGAGUCUCAUCACACCUUAUUCCUGCCAAGAAAACCUCACUUAUUCAAAUUGUAUAUUUGACCUAAAUUUGGCCUCGGGGAAGAAUGAUCAACAACUUGGGAAAAAGGCACUGAAAUUUUCACAUGUUUCUUGCCUUUUCAUUCAGAAAUCUAUUUUGCCCACCUGCACCACUCCAUGUUCAAUCUGGAUGUGAUAUUAAAAAUAAUUUCAUUCUGGGAUUAAGAUUGUUGUUGUUGUUGUUGUUCUUCUUCUUCUUCUUCUUCUUCGUUAAUGGCUAACCGUCAAAUAUGACUAUUAUGGCCAUGCGUGGGUGGUUAAAAUAGAGUAAGAAUGUCAAGUCACCCGGCUACAGGCUACUCAAUUCACCCAGGUGGGCUUAACAUGUGAUCAAGAAUAGUGCAAAACCUAAAUUAGCCUGAAAUGCAACAACUUCAUCAUGCAGACCUAGUAUGUACAUAGUGAAAAGAAUACGAAUGUUAGUGCUGUUAAAAGAUUAAAAUAUAUAUCUGUACUGUCUAAGGGAUGUGUGGCAAAGAAGCCAGUGCUGCCCUAAAUGCAAUGGCAGUGUCAACAAUAAGUGAGUGUUUCCUUCAUAUUUUCUGCUUUAUUUCUUAUGUUUAAAAUGAAGUUUCUGAUUUAAGUAUGAAAUAAUGGGUAGGUGGUUCCAUUUUUAUAGAAUUUGAAUUUAAAUCAUUGGAGUUUUAAUGGUAGCCUUUUUUCUUUGAUUUUUUCCGCCUAAUUUCUUCUUUUGUCCUAAAUAUCACUCAUGCUGUACUGAUGUGAUACAGAUAAAUAUGCAUUGUCAAGGUUGUUUGCCUGCAUUUUUUCUCUCAUGUUUUGACUCAUCUUCAAAAAACAUAACAAUCAGUGAUUAUUUAAAUGAAUAAAUAUACAGUAAACGAUGGUCAGUACAGUUCUUAUGUUUUAGAGAAUUCAGUGUGUUUGUAAACCUCUUUUUCAGCAUGAAAUACUAUGAUUUUGUUUAUGGAUGUUGUACUUCUGUUACCGAAAAUUUCAACAUUGAAUGUUAUUUUUGAUUUGAUAAUUAAACAAGUGCUCUUAAAAUA